AUAGUUUAUUCCCGGUUUAUCCGGUCUUUGCCAUUAAAUUGCCUCAUUGAGUUCGCAAGAAAUGCCAAUUCCAAUUAAUGUUUAACCAAAAACUCCGGGUUAAUUUCACGCUCCUGUCAACUUUCACGUCUAGGAUGCUUCUAUGACACGAUUAUUAAUCGAAUCACAUGGUGUAGCUAGCUUCGUUUCUCUUCCCUGUUCGAAAUUUAUUGGCUUUCUUUAUCAAUUUACCAUCCUGAAAUUUAAUGAAAUUUCCUCUCCAGGGGUUAAGUCAGACAUUAUAAAGCAAUAAGUUGUGGUCCCGUAAACAAAUAAUGAAUAAGGAAACUUCCCGGUGCUCAGAAAUUGCUAUGGGUAUUGAAAUUGUAUAUAAGAGUGACAUCUUAUUUUACGAUGAAAACGCAUCUUAAAUAGAUUAGGAUGGUAAAUAAUUCAGGCCACCGUCCAUUUGCUAAUUAGUGGCUUUUCAUUUUUUCUUUUCUUCCCAUUAUUUUUAUGAUUAGACUUAUCGGAUUAACAAAGAAAGGGAAGGAAUUUCGAAGUUGUAUUGAUAUCUUUUAAGUCGUGUAACUCCAUCUGAUCUUAUUUUGUAAGAAUUCAAUUUUUGUAAUUGAUAAUCAUAUUUGACCUUUUAGCGUAUUUUACUUUUCUAAUUUUUCUUGACAAAACGGUUUGAAAGGAAAGCUUCAGAAAACUGUCCAUUAAUUUGCUAACAAGCCAAAUUGUACAAACAAAUCAAACAAAUGUAAAUGAAACCUGCUUGUACUUAAAAACGGAACAUUUUUUCAAUUAGGUUUUUCUGAAAACUCUCUACAAAGAAAAUUUUCAAUAAACUUCAAGUAAAAAAUUAGUUUUCUUGUUAAGAGAAUAUUAAUUUAGCCUAGUUCGUGAAAGAUACUCGAGAUUUUGCAUCAAGUUAGACCAUUUUUUUGUUUUUUAAAGACUUCGGGCUUGGUCUUUUUUUUCGUUCAUACAGCAAGAAUUUGAAUAAACUUAAUUGUAGUUUCUAUGGGUUCAUCAUAGACUCAUUCGAUUAUAAAAUCUUUUCCAAUACAAGAACCCUUGAGUUGCUUAAAACCGCGGGUUGACCAUACUACAAAGAAAUUCUUCUAUCUUGAAAUAAGAUACCAUUAUUACCCAGCGCAAUUUUAUUUAACUAUCCACAAUGCAUUCCGUCGCUCAUCAUUGUUUAUCAGAUUUUGUCUACAACCCUCUGGCAAUAAUAGUCCUAGAUAUCUUUUACUGGUCUAAUAAAAAAUAACUCAAAUUACCACCGUUUACUUAUAGCAACCCUAUUCUCCUAAUUCCUGCUCUUCUAAAGCAGAAUUCAUGGGUUGCAGUUACUUCUAAGUUAUACACAAUACAGCCUGAAGACAAUCGAAAUUGGUAAAAAAUGGUAUUUAAAUCCCCUCUUCUUUUUCUGAUCAUCGGAACUAAAAUAUUCUGUUUCCUUUCUUAACAUUUUCUUCAUUUUCCUUGGAAUGUUAUUCAGAGAUGGUACGUUUCUCGUCUACUGUAAAAGCAGAUCAGAGCUUAUUUGAAGAAAUAUUUUCAUUUUUUCUUCACAGUUCAUUUGCAUUUUUAUAUUUUAUUCAUCCAUUAUGGUUUUUUCCUAUGUUUCUAGCACCCGUUUUGUAAUGUCAUCUUAGUACAUCAGAUAGAAUAUCCAUCACCAAAUUACCCGGCCUUAAAAUAUCUUCGAGCACAAUGCAAAGAAUGUUUUCUUCAUCUUCGAAUCAAGGGGAUGUUUUCUCUGAUUGAAGAAUACUUGAAGCAAAAUAAUUGACAAAGAGCGAAAAUUGAACUGAAUUCCAUCCAAAUACAGAGCAGAAGCCAACUACUUUGAAUCGAAACGACUGGGCAUCGAUUGUCACCAAGAUCGAAUUUCAUCAACAUCAUUUUCUCAACUGGAAGCUCUAGAAAAGUGCCAUCCAAUCAUCAUGUCAGCUUUAUGGAAAGUUCAUAUAUUCUUAUUAAUGGCGUCAGUAUUACAUAAAUUCCCGACUGUGGUAUGCAAAGAGAACACAGACAGCGUGCAGGAGCGGAUUCUGUCUCGCCUUUUGGAGGAUUACGAGAAGAGACUUCGGCCCCUGUCGGGUAUUUCGCCCUUAUUAGUCAAUGCGACUAUGUACGUGGUCUCUAUUGGUCCUGUUUCUGAAGUGGAUAUGACUUUCAAACUGAGCCUCUACUUCAGACAAUUUUGGAGCGACAAGCGACUGGACUUCUCGAAUGAGACUGUGGCCAAACUUGUGCUGUCCCAGGACGUGGUGGACUCUCUCUGGAUCCCCGACUCCUUCUUCCAGACCGAGACUGAGUCAUACGUGCACGACGUCACCAAAAAGAACAUCUUCUUCAGGUUGGAGAAGAAUGGCCACAUCCUGAUGAGUAUGAGGGUCACAGUCACUUCCAGGUGUCCAAUGGACUUGGCCUACUUCCCCAUGGAUGUGCAGAAGUGUGUGCUCCGAAUCGCCAGCUGGGGCUACACGGCUGAUGAUAUCCAGUACUUCUGGGUACAGAAUCCAGACGAGACCCCCAUCCAGAUAUCAGAUGACAUCACACUCGCUAACUUCCAGGUGAUGAACCUGACUUAUCGGGACUUCAACCGGACUCUGACUACUGGCAACUGGUCCACUCUGGAGGCCAGCUUCGUCUUCGGCAGGAACACGCUCUACUUCAUCAUCCAGAUGUACAUCCCCUCCACCCUCAUAGUCAUGGUCUCCUGGGUGUCAUUUUGGGUAGCCAGGACUGCCAUUCCUGCCAGAGCUGCUCUGGGAAUCACGACUGUACUAACCCUGCUCACUCUCAUCUCCUCGACGAAUGCGAACAUGCCCAAGAUAUCGUACAUGAAGGCGAUAGACGUCUACCUGGCCGGCUGCUUCCUCUUCGUGUUUGCCUCCCUGAUUGAGUUUGCAGUGGUGUGCUACAUGGACCAGCAGAUCCCUGUGAAGAAGGAGAGUCAGAAGAUCAAGAGACAGAUUGACAAGAGCAGGAGCUACGAGAUCCAGGAGCUGCUUCACAGUGACAUCGUACUCAUCAGGAAACACGGAGCCCCAUCUGGUCAGCGAGUGUCCAGCGUCAACGACAUCGAAGUGGACCCGAGACACUACUACAUGCAGAACAACUGCAUCUACCCCGAGGAACACUUCGUACCCGGAUCGAAUCCCACUGAAAACCACCACGGAGUUGGAGUCGAGUCCUUCUGCGCUGGCUGCACGGGAGGUGUCAGUGGUCACGGACACAAUCCGGACCCGCAAAGUCGCGUCUCCUUGAUGGGUCACAUCCGAGGAAAAAUAGCUGGAAAUGGGUGCAAUUUCCAAAUGGAAGAUGUUGGAGCGAUCGACAGUUUUUCGCGCUGGUUCUUCCCUCUGGCGUUUUUCACACUCAUGUUUGGAUAUUGGGCUUUCUACUUGUCCCGCGAUUACCAAAUGUAGUUUGGAUUAUUAAAACUUGUAACUUCGUUUAGAAUAAAUAUUUCAAAAACUCAAAUUCAAAUUCUCCCCUAGUAGACGUUUAUUUAUAUGUUGUCUUGGUUAAACUGUUCAAUUAGAUAUAAAUAGAUAGUUUUGCAGUUUAUAGAUGCUUUGAAUUAUAUAUACCUUGUUGCUUCUAGUUCAAAAAUGGAACAUAAAAUAAUACGUGCAGUUUCAUUUGAAAAUGAGAUGCUCUC